AAGAAGCUCCAAUACGACAUGUGUACGGGAGUGUAUUUCAUGUCAAAUUAAAAUAAGUUUUAUUGAAGAAUUCAAUAAGUUUAAUUAAAUCACGUGAAAAAUUGGAUUACUAACAAAAUGGGGAAACUCGGACCUCGGUUAUCAAGCAGAAAGAAGGCGAAAAGGUGGCCUAAAGGCCAAAGUUCAAAUUCUAACCCUCAAACUCGAAAAUAUCGUGAUCAAGCACGAUCUAGAUUUUUUUUCCAAAAUUCAGGUUCUACGGGUUUGACAACUGAUGCACUGAAAAAACAUGAUGCCUUACAAGGUCUGGAUCCUACAGAGAAAAUUGAAGUUGAGGAUGACGAAAGUAUGACAACUGGAACUUUUAAGACGUUUGGUACAUUCGCUAGCAAUUAUAGUAAUUGUACCAAUAUGUCAUUUGGUCGUUUCCUAACUCGUUUCCAGUCAUCAUCGUUAAUCCAUAAAGAGAUGUUGGCUGUUCUUGCAGCAGUGACUGAAGUAAUAAAACAAAAUGGAGGUACCGAAUCAUCAACAGAAUACUACGCUGCAUUUAUGACAACUCUAGAGCAAGCAGAAUCUGAAGAAUCUGUUGCAGCAAUACUUUCUCUACUAGGAAUGGGAUUAAAAACGGUUCCAAAGAAUGUUAUUAAAGCCCAAUUCAGUCAAGCAAGUCAAGUAUUUAUUCAAGUACUUACAAAAUAUGUCGAAACUGACAACUUUUUAAUUCUACGGCAUUGCAUUGGAUGUUUAUCCAUCUUAUUGCGAGCUCUAGAAGCGGUAGCGUGGUCAAGUUCAUCAACAAUGCAAAUACUCGAUGGUAUUCUAACGUUUACUAUCCAUACUAAACCAAAAGUUCGUAAGGCAGCCCAACAUGCUGUUUGUUCAAUUUUAAAAGGAAGUGAUUUAAUGAAAGUUGAUAAUCCACCCGCUUAUCAUCCAGCAGCUUCACAGAUUGCAAAGUAUUGUCUCCAACAAUUUGAAAAUGCUGGACAACCAGGUACAAUUACUACCACUCUUCAUGUUCUGACUCUUUUAAAAGAUAUCAUGCAUCAAUUACCUAAAUCCUACGUCAAAAGUAUUUGUGAAAACCUUCUAAAAAUUAUGACGCUGAAGAAUCCAGUGGUAACAUCUUGUUGCUUUCAAACGUUUCAUAGUCUCUUCGUUUCUAAACCAUCAGAGUCAGUUUUGCCAUCACAAUUGAAUGCACAAAUAAUUAAUGCUCUAUAUGAUUACCAACCAGCUCCUGGAGAUACACAACCAACUCUUGCUUGGCUUGCUGUGAUGCAAGAAGCACAUGCGAAUCUCGCAAAUACUUCUCUUUAUCUCUGUUCAGCGAAUCUUCCACAAAUUGUUGAAAAAUCAACAGAACUUUGGUUGUCUGACAAAACUGAAGUGAUUGCAGCAGCAUCUCAUACAAUUAAAACACUCUUUCAGGUUUGCCUACCACCAAUGUGUGGAGAUGAUGCUUACAAAUACAAAAAGACAUUGAAAAAAAUUAUUCAAUUAAUUCGACAAGGAAUGAAAUAUCAAUACAAUUCAGCAUGGCAUCAUGUUCUCCACUUGAUUGCUGUACUUUUCCAAAUCACAGGACUUACUUGUCAAGAUGAUUUGUCUCCAGUUUUAAUGGAACUUGCAGAGUUGAGAGAUUCCUAUAAAUUUACUUACAAUUCAGAAGUAGAGUAUGCAGUUGGAGCGGCAGUCAAAUCAAUGGGACCUGAAGUAGUUCUUGGAAAAAUUCCCUUACAAACUAUUACUGAUGGAAUCGACUUGAGAAGAAGUUGGCUGCUUCCUGUAUUAAAGGAUUGUAUCAGCAAGGCUUCGCUUUCCUAUUUUAUCAAUCAUAUGUUACCAUUAGCUACCAUGUGCGAAAGAAAACAUAAAGAGUUGAAGGACAAAAAUGAUGGAAUCGGUGCUCAUAGUUAUGAGUUAUUAACUUCACAAAUUUGGGCUCUUCUUCCAAGCUUCUGUAAUAAUCCCAGUGAUAUUAAGGAUAGUUUUAAGAGUAUUGCAAGAGUUCUUGGAAUGGCAAUAAGUGAUAGGAAAGAUUUAAGAUUGUCAGUAAUGGCUUCAUUACGUAAAUUAAUCAAUAAAUCAGUUGAAAAUGAUAAAAAAGAGGAUGUCGAAGAAUUAGCGAGGUUUGCUAAAAAUUAUUUACCUUUAUUGUUCAAUUUAUAUACUACAAAACCUAAUGGAUCUGAUGAAGAAGGUCAACGACUUGCUGCUUUUGAUACAAUUAAAGUUUACUUAACUAUUACUUCUAAGGAAUUAUGUGGGGAACUGUUCGAUAAAGCUCUUAGCAAACUACAGGAGCCAGAUCAGAAUGACUUUGUUAAACAAGCUGUGUUUGAUUUGAUUAGAAUUUUAACACAAUUUACUGAUCAAAAUCGGCUUCAAGGAUUGUACGAAAAGUGUAUACCUAUUUUGAUGGAUGAUAAGAAUUCUAAGGACCAAAAGAAAGCUUACAGAUUCUUGGAAGAAAUUUGUGGAAGUUCCCAUCAAGUUUGUAAAGACUUUGUUUCUGAGAAUCGCAAAGGUAUUCAGAAAAUACUCAUUAGAGCAACACCAACAGUUUGUACGACGAGUCGGGGAGCCCGAUUACGUUGCAUUGGUCAUUUAGUUAAAACUCAUCCUAAACUAGAAAAAACUGAAUUCCUUAAGUCUAUUGUUCCUGAAAUAGUUAUGUGUGUGAAAGAUUUAAAUGAAAAAUGUAGAACAUCUGCUUAUCAACUUCUCAAUGAUAUUGCGGAUAAAUUUAUGAGUAGUCCUGGACACUUUGAUGAUUAUAUUCAAAUGAUCACAGUCGGUCUUGGUGGAACACCGACUUAUGUUAGCACAACUCUUUUGAGUUUAGCAAAUCUAACAUAUAAAUAUAAUGGAUCGAUAGGUGCAGCAAGAAAUCAAGAGAUUUUAAAUUGUACGUGUACUCUUCUAACAGGUCCGACAAGAGAAGUCGUUUUAUCAGCUUUAAGUUACAUUAAAGUAUAUUUGUCUUCAUUUCCGACACCAGUAAUAGGACCUAAUUUGCCAACAAUUAUUCAAGGUCUUACUGGAAUGACAGAUGAUUGUAAACGACAUUUUAGACAAAAGGUUCGUGAUAUUUUAGUUAAGUUAAUCAGAAAGUUUGGUUUUGAUACAAUUGUGGGAAUGAUUCCUCAAUCAGAUGAAUUAAUGCAUAAAAGAAUUAAGAAUAUUAAAAAAAUUGAAGCUCGUAAACAGAAACUUAAAGAAGAAAAGAAAGAGCAGAAGAACAAAGAUGAUAGCGAUGAUGAAUUCAAUGUUAAUAGAAGACCUAAGAGUAUGGAAGAAAUUUUGGCUGAUAGUGAAGAAGAAUUUGAUGAUAGUGAUAUUGAGACAGAAAAGAAUGCUAAGAAGAAAACAGGAAAGCAGACUUGGAUUCAAGAGAGUGCUGAAAAUAUCGUUGAUUUUGUGGAUCCUUCUGCUGCAAAGAAUAUCACAGCCACGAAACCUGGACAAAAUUUGAUGUCUGGAAUAACCAAGAAAAAUAAAUCAAAAGAUCAUGGAUUCAAGACCUCUGAAGAUGGACGAUUAAUUAUUAAAGACAGCGAUGAUGAUGAUGAUGAUGAUCUUGAAAAUGAACAAAAGAAGAAGAAAAAGAACAAACUUCCAUUCCUCGGGAGUGAUUCUGAUGAUGAUUAUGAAGAUAAUGAUGAGGAUGAUAGUAAAUCUGUUGCUUCCAGUAAAGCAGGUUUACCUAGAAAACGUAAACUCAGUGGAAGUACUGAUGCUAAUAGUGUUUCAACGUCCAAAUAUAGAGCCGGUGGAUCUGGAAUUCAUCGGCCAUUAAAAUCAGCUAAAGUUGAGUCAGCUCCUGGAUCUGAAUACAAAUCAAAGAAAGCUAAAGGAGACAUUAAAAAGAAAGGAAAGCAUGAUCCUUAUGCUUAUCUUCCUUUGACGAGAGCAGCUUUGAAUAGAAGAAAGAAAUUAAAGAAUAAAGGGAAAUUUAAGGGUAUCAUUUCUGGUGCCAAAAAAGGAGCUCAAAUUGGAAGUAAAGCUAGGCGAAAGAAAUAAGGAAUUAAUUUUUCUUACAGACUGUUAUUAUUAUAAAUUGUAAUAAUAGUUUUGAUUAAUUAUUAAUGAUAAACAUGAAUUUUACUUUUAAUUUGAAAAAAUUGAAUAAUUUAUUUUAAUAUGUACGUUUAGUUUACAUAUAGACUUUGUAAUUUUAAGCUUAUGUAAAUAAACCUUACAUACCAUU